CGCAAACGCAUCCGUAUCCGCAUUCUGGCCUGACCACAGGCAUUGAACAACGCGCCAAUAAAACUUUGGAUUACGCAGUGAUUAAUAAUAAUAUACUUCUUACUGCAACAGCAACUGCCGCUGUAAUUGCAAUUGCAAAACGAAGAUUAAUACUGCAUGGAUCUGCAGCUGGAGGAUUCAAUCCUUUUGGCUUUUCUCGGCUACUUGGCUCUGGAAUUAUAUUGCCUGGUGCGUUUGUUUUUCAUUACAUUCGACAUAUUUGGUUUUCUGCUGGCCACCAUCAACACUUGGCUACAUAGCAAGUAAAAAUUGCAACAGUAAAAAUAAAACGAGCAACAACAACAACAACAGCACUUCAUCGAGUCUGUACUGGCUGAAUAUAAUUAAUAUGGCGGGCAGUGCUCAGAGAACCGGCUGGGCACACCGUAUGAGAAGCUAUCAAUGCAAGCAAGCGGACAUCAAUAAACUAAUCAUGGAAUACUUGUUAAGAGAGGGCUAUAAGGAAACGGCGCGAAGAUUUGAUGCUCAGGCCAAGAAGGAAUCCGGCGCUCAGAUGGACAGUCUGGAAUACCGGAACUCGGUGCGAGCUGGUCAGCUUCAAUAUGCCAUGGACAUGGCCAAAAAGCUUUAUCGAAGAUUUGAAUGCGACAACUAUAUGUACUUUCACAUGCAGCAGAUGCAUCUGAUCGAACUAAUCCGCCAACGCAAUCUGGAGAAAGCUGUUAGCUCUACUGAUACAGAAUCCACACAGUCGAUGGCACCCAGCGAGCAAAUUGAGACCUCCUCCGCCGCAGACCUCUGUCAGCAAAGCAACAGCCAGCUUGACUCAACCAUAAUGAAGCAUGAGCAGGCCACAAGUAUGGAACCCAAACUUGUUUUCCUUAUCAAGUUAAUACUAUGGGCCCAAAGCAAGCUGGAUAAUGAUAAUAGUUUUGUGGAUAACGUCAGUUUCGAUGUCGAUGGCGACUUUGAGUUGGAAGAGCUGAUGCAUGCAUUGCAGCACAGCUUUUAAACCAUCGAUCACUAUGCCUAAAAGGCGAAAAAGGUGUCUACUGCAACUAUACAAAUCUAUAUUUACAUAUACAAAUGCGAUAUUUUUUUUUAGAUGUGCUUAAAUAUAAAUGUUUGAAUUUCUUGAUGUGCAAUAAGAA